CUGUCAUCAGGCUUGUCCAGAAUUGCUCACUUAAAAGGUGGUUAGUGUGUUUCGAACAGGGAAUUAGUAAGUACAUCCGCUAAUAGUAAAAAGUUUGAAAUAUAAACCAGCAUAGAAAAAAGUUAAAAUGUCCUUGAAAAAUUCAAUAGUAUUACUCGGCUCGAAAAAUUCUUUGGAAAACAAAGUUGAAAGUAUUCGGGCUUUUGGAAUCGUUCAUUUUACUUUGAAGUUCCAAGGAUUAGUUAUAAAUGAAGACUAUCUCCUCCGACACAAAAUACAUGUUGUUACCAAUUUUAUUCUUACAAAUAUUCUCUAUUACGCCUCGUUUACCAUCGAGCUGUUCUUCGUUAAAAAUUUGAGACAAUUAUUGGAAAAUAUUGCUAUGAAUAUCUGUGUGACAGCGUGCUCCGUCAAGUUCCUUGUAAUUCUGAAACUAAGACCUAGCCUCAUCGAAAUGAAUGAACACUUGAAGCGUCUGGACAGUCGACCUAUGACGGAUAAGCAAAAGGAUAAAUUGAGGAAGGAAAUCAACUUUUGCAGGUUGACUUCCUUGAUGGUUGUCGUGUUCUUCUUGGGGGUCAAUUUAACGCAUACCCUUGCUGCGGCCCUCUCGCAUGGCACGAAACUUGGAUUUGAAACUUGGUUCCCAUAUGAUUGGAGUAAGAAUGCCUUCCGCUAUUGGGUUUCGUUGUUUAUGCAGACGAUAUUUCAACUACAAAUGGGACUGGAAGAUGUAGCAAAUGAUUUUAUUGGGGCGUUGUAUCUGAAUGUGUUGAGCGCCCAUUUACAGAUAAUAAUGGAACGGUUUGCUAAUAUUCAUUAUGAUCCAGAGAAAACGGACGAAGAAAGCUUUCAAGACUUCAUACAGUGUCUAGAGGAUCACCGGAUUAUAAUGAGACUCUUCGAAAUAAUACAAAGAACUCUCUCCUUUACAAUUUUCAUUCAAUUCAUCACAUCUAUUCUCGUAUUUUCAACUACGGGUCUCAUAUAUCUGAGAUUCUCACCAUCAUCAACCGAAACUGCGGCAGUAUUUAUUUUUAUGGUGGCGGAAAUUGCAGAAAUCUAUCCAUCUUGUUACUAUUCAAACAAGUUUAUGGAACAAACGGAUCAGAUUGUUUUCAUGCUCUACUCGUCAAAUUGGAUGGACUUAUCACCAAGAUUCCGAAAACAUCUUAUUAUAUUCAUGCAGAUGACGCAGGAAAAAAAAAUUAUAUUGGCUGGAAAACAGAUACCAAUAUCUUUGGUUACUUUCAUGUCGGUAAUGAAGGCUAUGUACACAUUGUUAACGAUCCUAAACCCAUCAGAGUGAUGAGCAGUGAGGACACCUUUUAUUCAAAAGUAGAGAUUUGAAGUGAAGCAACUGCGGUUCGAUGAGACAUAUAAACAUUGUUUCUCAUUGAACUAUUUAGGAAGAAGAGAUGUAGCCGGAAUCAACCUUUUGUUCUUUUUUCACGCCGUCAGUUAUUUUACACAAUGCAAUCAAUAUUGUAUCACUGAGUCAAUAAAAAGUUUACAAUAAUAAUUAUAAUAAAACGUUGU